AUGCAGACCAUGGCGCCGAAAGAUCAUCGACGGGGUCCUUCAAGUAGUAUGUUUGCUCAAACUACUGAGCCCAUACCUCUUCCCAGUCGUUUCGCCCGAAUAAAGAAGAGUCUGAUCGAGGGUAAAGAAGAACAGAUCAAAGCCUCCUGGGUAAGACUUCUAGCCAAGUUGAAAACAGAAAUCGACAUCAUUGCCAAGGCUGGCCCUGACAUUUACCCUUCUAUUGAUUUUGGCGAACUCGGCAUCUCUUCGGUGACGGGUGCUUUCUCUUCGAGGCUUAAGGAUCGUGGUGUCGGAGUUGUUCGAAACGUGAUUCCCCGUGAAUUGGCUACCCAGUGGAAGGUAGAUACAGAUGCGCAUUUAAAAGAUCCUCGAGCUCAACGCCUCCCUACUCAUGAUCCACAUCUAUACGGCGUGUACUGGUCUCCUGGACAGAUCAAAGCUCGAGCACAUAAAAACAUGCUUCAUACUCAACGUUUCUUGAUGAAUCUAUGGCAUUCGACCGACCCAGAAGCGCUUGUGAGCCCCAACUUCCCUGCUACAUAUGCCGACCGUAUGAGAAUUAGGAAGCCUGAGGAUGAAACAUGUUCCCUCAGUGUUUAUGUCGAUGGUGGCAGUGUGGAGCGUUGGGAGCCUGAUGGUUACGGUUCAGCAGCUACUUAUCAACCCAUUUUCGAUGGUCGUUGGGAAGAUUGGGACCCAUGGGAGAGCAGCACUCGGCUGAAAGUAACGAGUGAUCUGUACAACGGCGAUGGUUCAUGCAGCGUCUUCCGCAUGUUCCAAGGCUGGGUCGCUUUGAGUGAUCUCCCAUUCGGCAAAGGCACUCUUCUAUUGUGUCCCAUGGUGCGACUCACUACUGCAUAUCUUCUCCUCCGCCCCUUCUUCGUGCCUACAGAAUCCUCUCCCUCAGAUCAAGGUUUCCUUCUACCGGAAAACUGGGCCCUUGAAGAGCCUCCUUCAUCUGUGAUACAGGGUGCAUUACCAUCCUACCCACAAGAACUCAAUGAAGCUUUGCAUCCUCAUCUCCAACUCGGUCGCAGCAUGAUACCAAUCCCCAAACUAGACCCAGGGGACUACCUUGUCUGGCACUGCGAUACUGUUUACGCUCUUGAUCGCCUUCGUCGCCCGGAUAUUCCCGCCACAACAAUCUUUUAUCUUCCGGCAUGUCCUCUAACUCAGACGAACGUUCUAUAUCUAGCCCACCAACGCAAAGGAUUUCUGCAAGGUGAAGCAGGCCCUGACUUUACCGGGGCUCCCACAAGCGAUGUUACUAUUGGAGGCGAACAGGCUGUCCGCGAGGUUGGCGAGGCAGGAGGCGUGGACGGUAUGCGUGCAAUGGGACUGUUGCCAUGGGAUGAAGAUGAAGCUGAAGAUGAUGUUGAAUAUACUGUGUUGGAGAUGGCCAAUGGUGUUUUGUUUCCUGAAAAGUUUGACGCAGGCUACUGA